AUGACUUUGUCUCGCUUUGCAGAGUGCUACAACGAUCUGUUCAGGUGGUCUAUUGAGAACUAUGCAGAGUUCUGGGAGGAAGUCUGGAUCUUCUGUGACAUCCUCCACUCCAAGAUAUACGACCAGGUGGUGGAUGUGAGUAAGAACAUCGCAGAGAUUCCGCAGUGGUUCCAGGGCUGCCGGAUGAACUAUGCAGAGAACAUGCUGAGAUACAGGGAUGAUAGGGUGGCUAUAUAUGCUGCAGCGGAGGGCAGGGAGGAAGUUGAGAAGAGAACAUUCCGUGAGCUGGCUGAUAACGUGGCCGUGUACGCAGCCGCCAUGAAGAAAAUGGGAGUGAAGAAGGGGGACAGAGUCGUGGGUUAUAUCCCAAACUGCUGUGUGACUAUUGAAGCCAUGUUGGGAGCAGCCAGCAUAGGUGCAGUCUGGAGCUCCACUUCUCCUGACUUUGGAGUGACUGGAGUGCUGGACAGAUUCACACAGAUCCAGCCCAAGUUGAUCUUCUCCGUAGAUGCUGUCAGGUACAAUGGAAAACAACAUGCUCACCUGGAUAAACUACAGAAGGUUGUGGAAGGGCUUCCAGAGUUGGAAAAGGUGGUAAUUAUUCCAUACGUGAACAAGAAAGAAGAUAUAGAUAAAUCAAGCAUUCCAAAAAGCUUGUUUCUGGAUGAGUUCCUUGCCUCUGGGAAGGAUGGAGAUGUCGUCCCACCUCUGGAGUUUGCACCUCUGCCCUUCAACCACCCCCUGUACAUCAUGUACUCAUCAGGCACUACUGGACCUCCCAAAUGUAUGGUGCACUCUGCAGGGGGCACCCUUAUUCAGCACCUGAAGGAACAUGUCAUCCAUGGGAACAUGGACCGGGAUGACAUUAUGCUCUACUACACCACAGCUGGCUGGAUGAUGUGGAACUGGCUCGUGUCCUGUCUAGCUGUGGGGGCUGCAGUAGUACUGUACGACGGAUCACCCCUGGUGCCUACUCCCAACAUCCUCUGGGACCUGGUGGACAAGAUAGGGAUCACCAUGCUGGGUACUGGUGCAAAAUGGCUGACAGUUCUGGAGGAGAAGGGAGUCCACCCCGCCCUGACCCACGACCUGUCCUCCCUCCACACCAUCCUAUCUACUGGCUCUCCCCUCAAGCCUCAGAGCUUUGAGUACGUCUACAGCAAGAUCAAGAAAGACUUGCUGCUUGGGUCUAUCACAGGAGGUACAGAUAUCAUCUCCCUGUUUGCUGGACACAACUGUUCCGCCCCUGUGUACAAGGGGGAGAUCCAGUGUAGAUGUCUGGGGAUGGCAGUGGAGAGCUGGGAUGAGGAAGGCCAGGCAGUGCUUGGUGAAAGUGGGGAGUUAGUGUGCACCAAACCCUUCCCCUCCAUGCCUACUGUCUUCUGGAAUGACCCAGAAGGUUUCAAGUACAAGAAGGCUUACUUUGCCAAGUUCCAGGGUGUUUGGGCCCAUGGAGACUUCUGUGAGAUCAACCCAAAGACUGGAGGUGUUGUCAUGCUGGGAAGAAGUGAUGGGACCCUGAAUCCUAAUGGAGUCAGGUUUGGCAGUGCAGAGAUCUACAAUGUUGUGGAAGAGUUCCCAGAGAUCCAGGACAGUCUGUGUGUCCCCCAGAGGAACAAGUACCACGAGGAGAGGGUGAUCCUGUUCCUGAAGAUGUCUGCCGGCGCCGCCAUGUCCCAGGAGCUUCAGAAGAGAAUACGUGCCGCCAUUCGCACCCAGCUGUCUGCACGGCAUGUCCCGGCUAUCAUCAUGGAGACCAAGGACAUACCUUACACCAUCAGUGGGAAGAAGGUAGAGGUUGCCGUGAAGCGGAUUCUCGCCGGGGAGGACAUCCAACAACGUGGGGCGUACUCCAACCCCGAGUCUCUGGACCUCUACUACCACAUUCCUGAACUACAGGGCAGCUGGUAGGGAGCAACUGAGCAUGGUUCUUCCAACAGGGAAUUCAACACUGACAAUCAAGAUACAGUCAAACCUGUCUAUAUCGACCACUCCGACAAGGGACAACAAAGAAAAUGGUGGCAGUAGACCACAGUAGACAGUAUCGUACUGCUUUUAAAGGGGAAAAUAAUACAAGGGACCACAAAAAGUGGCCACAAUGGCUAUAUAAGGUAAUCCUUAUGUAGAGGUUUGACUGUAAAUGUUUCAAAGCAACUUAUACACAUGUAGGCCUUUGUAAGGGG